AUGCCGACAGAGCUGUGGCAACAAAGCCCAGAUGAUGUUACGCUGUGGCUCCCUGGCCGCAUACUGAUGGCGCAGAUCCCCCGACUCCCAAGGGCAUAUAAUCGUCUCAGCCGGACGAUUGCGACGGUUAAAUUUUCUUUGUCUGCCAGCAAGGCCUAUCACAGCCCGCACAGUCGGUUUAAAGUUGUGGGAUGUCGCCCUUGCAAAGUUGGAAAAGGUAAUCCUGACAUGGAUUUCAUGGAUUUGAGUCUCUUCGUCUGGAGAUCGAACGCCCCCUCAGGCUUCAAGCCCUGGGACAUCCGACUACUGCGGACAUCACUAACAGCCCGUGGCGCUGCAGACCCAACCUGGGCCCAACCAAAGCCAAACCCUUUCUUCUGGUGGAACUUGCGCGGGCUAGUUCAACUCGACUGA